AUGACCUUCACUGGGGAUCUCCUCAUCAUUGGCAAUGGGGCGAUGGCUCUGUCAACUGCGUUGGCCUUCUCUGCCCGCCACCCUGCCGCACAGGUCAUGGUAAUCUCCGACCGAAAAGCCCCCGACGACAUCGAAACAGCUUACGUUGUUGACCUUCGGCGCCUGCAAGGCGACUGUCAGUCCUCCGCGGCACCAUCAUUCUCUACCGAGACACGACGCAUCAUAUGUGAUGACCGAGAACUGCGACACUGUCUCUUCACGCGCGGGGAAGUCUUUGCCUUGGUGAAAGGAGACGCGAAAAGCACCAAAAUUCUGGAAGAAAAGAAGGCAACCAUAGGCCUUGAUGAUCAGAGUAGUGCUUCCAAGAUACUCCCCUCUCCUGAAAGCAUCAGGAGCAUUCUGUCUAUCUCGAAUGCUGAGGAUCUUGAACGCCCAGGUCAUACAACAUCGCGCUGGCAGGAGGCGAUCUUCGACAAAAACGCUGCAAUUGUUGAUUUAAAUCAACUGCUGCUGAUCCUGUUCCGCAGGUGCCAGGCUCGAUCUAACAUCGCAUUGAAGUUCGGUGUUGAUAUUGAGCAUCCGAUCAUCAGCGAUAAUGUGUUCAAGGGAGUGGUUCUAAAGGAAGGCUCUCAAAUUACGGCACAGACCACCGUCCUGGCCGAUGCUCAAAUCUGUCAAAAGUUAAUGGGCCUCUCUCCAUGGGUGAAGAUAACCGGCCAUGAUACCACCUGGCUGAAACCAUCCGAGUCGGUUCUGAGGAAAUACAAAGACAUCCCUGUCUUGACCAACCUCUCUACUUGCUUUACCGUCUUCCCUCCUGUCAAUGGAGAGUUCAAAUGCACAUUGAAGCUGAACGAUUACGGUGAUGGCAAUGCUCCUGGCAUUGACUCAUGUCCGUGGUCGCUCACUCCCAGUACUGAGCGGGAGAUUCGCCGCAAUCUGGCGGAGAUUCUACCGGAGGUUGCGGAUCAGCCCUUUUCGCGGUCGAGGUUGGAAUGGGCUAUGACCACAGAGAGCCGCAGUGGCUUUAUUGCCCGCAACUCGCAGAUGGAUGGACUGUUUAUUGCCACUCUGCCGACAACCCUUGAGCCGCAGGCUAUUUGCCUUGGCGCAAAAGCUGUGGACUUGAUUGAUCAGGUUGCCACAUCCAGCUUGUCCCAGAGGUGGAGCUUGUUAGACACAAACACCGCCCCAAAAAGCACUCCGGGACUUCACAGACCCAUCGUUAUAGUGGGCGCUGGUGUAUUCGGCUUGACGACGGCGCUCCAUCUUGCGCAACGGGGCUACAAGAAUGUCACCAUUCUUGACCGUGAGGCAUAUGAACAGACCGGCUACACCAGUUCCGCAGCGAGUGCCGAUCGGAACAAAAUCAUCCGGGCCUCAUAUGGAAAGCAAAAGUUGUAUGAGAGCCUCGCGUUCAAGUCCCUCGACAGCUGGGAAAAGUGGAACUCAGACGUGCGCAAUGCGAGUGACUUGCCUGAUUCGCUCCACUUCAGUGAUCGCCUCUGGGAUAAUUGCGGAUUUGUCCGCGCGGGCGAACUCAGUGGCCUCGAUCCACAAGAGACCGCCACCCAGGACGGUUUCCCUGAGGCCCUCAAGGACACCCAGUACCGUCUUACGGACGAGUCUCGGAAGAGGGAUGCUCAAAUGAACGGUAUUAAUCCUACCAAGCUCGAUCCAUUCAACCGCUUGCAACGAGGGCUUGGUUGGGAUGGUAUCCUCGAUGGCACUGGUGGAUACGUUGCCGCAGACAAAUCGUGCUCGUGGGUCCUUCACCUCUGCCAGAAGCUGGGAGUCCAAAUCAGGCUUGGUGAUCAGUACGCUUUCAAGGAGUUCAUCCGUGACGGUGAUAAGAUUAUCGGUGUUCAGACAGAGCUCGAUGGCACUUCAUUCCCAGCCGACUUGGUGAUCGUUGCUGCCGGUGGCUGGACGCCGUCCAUCGUUCCCGAGGUUGCCGAUCUCCUUCAAACCACAGCGGGUAGUGUUGCAAAGAUCCAGCUGCCACCUCAAAAUGAGCGACCCGAUUUGUGGAAGAAGUACAGCUCGUCCGAGUUCCCAUGCUGGUCUUGGCGCCUCACGGGAAGUACGAUGCAGGGUACCGAGGUUGGCGGUAUUUAUGGAUUCCCACGCACCCAGGAUGGGUUGAUCAAGAUCGGCUUCCGUGGGACAAAGUGGACCAACAUGGCGUACAGCAACGCAGAAGGACGCUUGAUUUCGUAUCCCACCAAUGCACAUGGUCUGCCAAGUAAGGCCCUGGAUAACAUUCGCGAAUUCUGCAAGAAAAAUAUGCCAGACCUUGUAGGUCUCCCCCUCUCGACACGGUUGUGCUGGUAUACCGAUUCUGUGGACAGCAACUUUUUGGUUGAUCGUGUUCCUGGCACCGAAGGCCUCAUGGUUGCCAGCGGAGGAAGCGGACAUGCGUUCAAGUUCCUGCCGGUGCUGGGUGAGCAUGUCGUGGAUGUCGUUGAAAAAAUAGAGACAGACUACACGAACCUCUUCAAGUGGCGCGAUCCAUCCGCCGCAGGCCAAAAAGCUCGGUUCAACACACCUUCCGGUAACUGGCCCGAACUGAAGCGAGAUGAUUUGUCCGGCGGCUGGUAA